AUGGCUGACCCUGUGGACAUGGAGCACGAUGCAUGUAAAGGACUAGAGACUGCAGUGGGGUCUAUCUUCCCACAAGCUGAAAAUAGGGAGUGCAUGAGGCAUUUGUAUCAGAAUUUUUUGAAGAAGUAUCCUGGUGAGGUGUUCACUGAUCACUUGUACCCUACAGCUAGAAGCUACACACAAGGGUUGUUUCAGUGGCACAUGAAGAAAUUUUUUGAGUUUGCACCUGAAGCCAUUGAGUACCUUGAGGAGCACCACAACAUGAUCUGGUACAAGAGCUUCAAUGCACAAAUAAAGAAGUUCAAAGGUCUGCUACUACAUGAAUUAGUUGACAGAAUCAGAGAGCUGAUCAUGGAGAAGAGAUACACUAGGAAGAUGCUUGCUAGGCAGUGGAUAGAUGGAAUACUCCCAAAUGUGAUGAAGGAGCUCAACUUGAUCAGCAAUAACCUCAAAGGGGUCAAGGCAUCAGUUAGUGAUGUUGAUAUUGCAGAAGUGACCAUCUUGGAUGAGUGGAACAAUUAG